AUGGGGAAAGAUCGUCAGAAGACUACACAUAAUUAUUCUAUUGGUGGUGAACUUUAAUAGAGUCUAUUUGUGUUUUUUCUCACACAUAUAUAAAGGAGUGGCCGGCUAUGAGCGACGUCAAGGCUCAAGGGAGGACUCAGUUGAAAGGUCUGUUGGACAAUUUAGUUCAGAAAAGCAUCGAAGAAAGCAGGGAUGACAGUAUUGACGCAGAUGUAGAGGAGGCUGCUAGAGAUCUGCUGGACCUCACCGAUGAUACUGGCAGGGGUAGAAAGAGAAAGCACAGCCCUGCAUACUCAGGUAAAGUAGGUGUGAAGCAGAGGAAGAAAAGAAAGAGAAAAGAUCUGAGGAAAGGCAGUCCAGACGGCUAUGACUUGUCCAAUGGAGUUCGGUACAUUCCACAUGUGAUGACAUUAUUCGAUCGCAAAGUUGACCUAGCCAAGUUCUCGCCUGAGACCCCACUCUACGUCAUGUGUCGAGAAUGGAUGUCCAAUAAUCCAGACUGCACACACGCCACACCACCCUCACAGUGCCACCUCACACCACACACACUCCCACCGCCCACUCCACUACCGAUGGAUAAGGAAGGUCGUGAAGUACGGAUUGAUAUUCCAAAACCACACCCACCAAUCUCAAAAAGCCGAGAGGAAAUGGACAAUUUAAUAAGAGAGGGCACGUCAGAGUUAGCAGGUGAUCUGGGUGAGUACAGGAGGGAUCACCUGAGACGUUGGAGGGAGGUGCGGUCUCGUUGGAAGGUGGCAUCUGCACAGAACCAACUCAGGUAUGGAACUAGCCUCGAAAUUCUCAGAGGAAUGUUUCAAAAGUCGUAACUCUGUUCAAAACUGGAACUUUUGUUCUAAAUACUUUCCACAUUUCUGUUUUUGUAACUAUAUUUAUUUUUUGUUUACUGAAUGCUAUUAAAUUAUUAUUAUUACUAAGGCGA